UCGUGCACGGUGAGGUAGAAGCCGAAGCAGAAGUAGAAGCUGGUAGAAGCAGAAGCAGCACCAGACGAAAGGCAUUAUAACGAAGAAAACUGAACUGAACUGAACUCGAACUGACUGAGCAGCAGCGUCGUGCCGUUCGUUGUAGUUACGAUGCCCCAGGUGGCCGGUCGGGCGCAGCGACGUCAGGCAGUCGACAUUCGUUUCGAGCCACAAUAAGGCAAGUUGAACGCGCCGCCGGCACGGUUGAGCGUCAUUUUUCUCUAAGACAUUCGGCAAUGAAACAAUUAAGCAUCAACGAUUCGAACGCGCUAAGAAAACUGUACAGUAAACGAACAGCUUUUAGCUGAAUUUAAAAUAUAAAACACGAGAAGGAGAAUGAACUAAAUUAACACGAUAAAAAAGAGAAAAAAAAGAAAACGAGAUUAAUAAAGAAAGAUAAAAUCGCUUCGAUUCGUGCACGCAUGUUGUUAAUUUGUAAAAUACACAGGUUUGCUACGUCGUUCCAGUCGCAGUAACUUUUGUAAAACCGUUGUCUUUUAAUAUUCUGUUAUUGUCGGUCGUUGAGAACACUGCACACUUGAUACGAGUGGAAUAUCCUCAACAUCCGUUAUUUUUGUUACGCCUAUACCAUAAUACGCCCUUUGUUUCACCUUUUUUUUUUUUAAUAUUUAUUUUCCCUUCCUUAUUUUUCCCAAGUCUUUUGCGCAGGUACGCGAUUUCAGUUCCCUCGUGUGUCCUUACAUUGAUCUGUGAUCCUAAUAAGAGAAUGUGAGGUGCAUCAAAAUCAUAUUCGAAUAAUCAAAUUAUCGAUCCUCUAUUCUUUUGUUUUUCUCGUUUUACCUGUGCAGUACAACGAACGCAAUGAGUAAAACAAUGAGAUUAUAAGAGUCGUUGCACUGCGGGAGUAUAAGAAUAAUGAUGAUGACAAGACUAUAAAUUAACGAGAACCAAGAACGAGAUCAUCGGUGACUAAGUUUUCGGCGUUAUUGCAUUACGUCUUUUUCUUUGCGCGUGUCAUCCUUUUUAUUGAAAAAUUCAUUCGGAGUAUAAUGAAAAGUUAAUUUUCAACGAGACCGAGCAUUUCGAAUGAGUAACAGCGUAUUCGUGUUUAAAAUCCGAAAUGAGGAUAUAACGUCAUUACAGUACAAACAUUGUUAAUUUGCGGUUAACGGAAGUGCGACAUUUCCGUAUCAUAUAGAUACAUGUAUAAUUUUUCAUAUGUUCGAUGAUCAUGAUGAUGAUGAUGAUGAUGAUAGUGAUUGCCGCGUGCUGCAUGCGGUCGGAUAUCUAAAAGUGUGUAGUACGUGCAUGUGGUACAUAAAAGCAUAGAAUGGCUUUGCCGGUUGCGCAUGGAAAUGCAGCAGGAACAGCUGCUGUUACUGUUCCAUCUGCACCUGGAGUAGCACCUGCAUUAUUAUCAUCAUCAUUAUCAUCGUCGUCGUCGCCAGGUCAAAAUUCGUCGUCCUCUCUGCCAAAUAUGUCGAAUUUUCAAGUACGAAGUAACAAAAAAUCGUUGUGUCGGAGAGUCGCUCCUUGUUUAGCAUUUUUAUUUGCAUUUUCAACCGCCAUGGCUCUUCUUAUGUUCUGGAGCGUUGCCGCCGAUAUGAGACGGCAAGCUUUCAACGCUAAUAUGACGAUGGAUCACGUACUGAACAGUGUCCGAAUGGAUAAUCCUGAUCUAGUAACGUACAUAAGGGAGAUUCAUCUUCUUCCGACAACGCAUCAGGAUCCUCUGAACGCGACGCAGACCGAGGAAGAAAAAUAUCUGGCCGAACGUUUUCCCGGAAAACGUCACGGAAUUUAUCUGGAGUACAUAAGCAGGGUGGGCGCCGUAUCUUCCACGACGUGGUUGGAGUCGAAUAUGAGCUGGCGAGGAGUUUUGGUUUUGACGGAUCCACCGAGUUUUUUCGAAGCUCACAGAAGCUCUAGAAAUCCAAAGACGAGAGUGCUUCAUGCCUGUCUUAGCACGGACAAGGAUACCAAAGAGACAACGUACCCCCAGGAUCAGUCGGACGUUCAAGUUACCAAACUAGGAGAAGGUCCGAACAGUUUAGUGAAUCCGGACGAUACUUUGCCACCAAAUAGAUUGAAAUGUUUUCCACUAUACAGCGUUUUAUUGGCCUACAAUUGCACCAAUUUGGAUUACCUAAGUCUAGACAGUCCUGACGCUCAAGACGCGCAGGUACUGGACACGAUUCCUCGCGAAGUUACGAGGAUAUCCGUAUUGUCAAUUCGUUGGAGCCCUCAUCACAGCGAGGCAGAAACGAAACGUCUGAUAGAGAAAUUAGCGGAGCGAAGGUAUCAGUUAAUUCAUACCACAGAUACUGGUAAAUUAAUAUUUCGUUAUAACAGACUACUAAAAAUAUAGAAAAAAAAUCACAAGAAAAAAGCUAUUUGCAACCUAAUUCCACAUCAAACUUGAUGAUGAAAAUCUUGAGACUAAAUAUAUUUUAAACCCACCCCACCCACGUUUAUCGUACAAACGAUUACUUUUUUUUUUUUCAAUCUAUUUUUUUCCUACGCUACCAAAAAUUAUCCGAUGCAUAAAUUUCGACGUUGAUUUUUAUCAUUGAAUUGUGUAAUACUUAGUUAUUGAUCAUAUUUUAAACGAUCAAUAUAUUCAUACGAAUAUGUUAUUGCUGAACCGUUAAAUAUUGCGAACGAUAAUUUUCGGACAUUCAGUUUUCAAUAUCUGAUCUCCGUUAUACGCAUAAUUAGAAAUUAACGUUCAUGCGGAUUGUUGGUAAAAUUGAAUCCAUUUGACUAUGCAAUUUGAAAAUCGUUAAAUUCUUUUUUUUUUUACGUACGCUACGCGAGGAAACCAAAAAAUCUGACAGUUCGCGACCAUGAUUUGUAUCGUUUGAGAAAAUAAUCAAAUGAAAAAUCCUACCAUUGUCCGUUGCGAAACAAUUUUUCGCAAAUUUUCAUCGAAGACUUCGGAAAAUUGUUCGCUACAUGUUGAGAGAAAAUAAGCUUUUUUUUUUUAUUUUCAAAUAGACAAGAAUGGUUUGAUAGUGCCGUUUAGAUUUUUUCUCGAACACCCUAUACGAUAUCUACUUAAUAAAAAAGAAGAAAGGAACGAAACGAAACUGCAACGUGUAUCGAGCGGUGAUAAUUCCAGUGAUCAUAAUUAAGGAGUUAAUUAAUUAACCGAUUAUCAUUAUAAUUGUGAACGGGCCUUAUUAGAUUUAUAGUGUAUAGGUAUUGCUAUACGUAUCUAUGAAAAUAAUAUUUUGCUAAAAAAAGUUGAAUACAAUAAGUAGGACGUAAAUAGUAUUAUCUGUAAUCGAUUCUUAAUCAUAAUUAGAAAAAUAUAAAUGAUUAUAACUAGCGUUUAUAAAAACACCGACUGAUACUUAAGCACGCAACUAUUAUUAUUAUUAAUAUCGUUAUUAGAAUAUAUAGCAUAUUUAGAAAUAUUCAGAAUCCUAAUAUCCUAUAGUAAAUUGUCAAACUAGUUUCUUUUUUCUUUAUAACAUUAUUAAUUUCUAAGUUUAGUUUAUAAAUUUUUGUUAAACAUACUGUAAUAGUUUUCCGAAUUUUCGAUCGUUCGAUUUUCAUAUUAUCACUAAUUUUUUUUUCUUUUCCGACGACAGUUCAUUCCAUGACCAUAUGAUUAGUUAUAAAUAUACGUAUAAUAAACCUCUUUCUUUUUCUUUGUAAUCGUUAAUUACCAUAUAAAACUAACGCGGACCUAUUUUUUUUUUUUUUUUCGCCGCACAGCACGAGACAAAGAUCUUCGUUUUAUUCUGCAUAAUGUAAUUGGUUAAUUAGCAUAGAAUAAUUUAACAAUAAUUGUAAUAAGCAAUAUACUAUUACUGUAGUAAUAACUAAUAAAUUUGAUAUUAUAUAUUUUCAA